UUUGUGGCAAACCACGUGUUGCCACUUAAACUGAACCCGAGGCAGCAUCUGUGAACUGCAGUGACAGUGUGGAGGCUGUCAGGGUUUUUUUCGGGGCGGAGAUGUCUGAAGUGUCUCCUCGCCAUGCUGAGGAAUCCAUUGAGAGAAUUUCGCAGCGUUAGUCAUCGCAACAACUAUCCGCAGUGUGUGUAGUAGUCGCCUAUAGCCUGUCUUUGCACCUCUUGCACCGGAGGAUCCACAGUGGGCGCCGCGGAGGGCUGGUUUGGCUGCAGACGCACACUGUGCAGUGCGUGCGUGAUUUCCAUCCACCCGCAGAGGUUUUCUCUUUCCUCUUCUUCUUCUUUCCUUAACGCACCGGCAUGGUCAACACGCCGGCUGGCUCCGUGGCGUUGCUGGGCCGGUGGGUGCCCGGGUCAUUAGGGGUGUUUGCGCAGGACGUGGCGAGCCGACGCCAGUGACCGGGCAGGUGAUGUUUGCUCACGUAAGCUGCUCGCGUUUGAUGAGGGGCGCAGGGGACGCGGCUGGAGGGUGCGCGCUAUUGCAACGCCUCACCGGAUGAACCGCCGAUGUUCCUCCUCGGUUCUCUCUCUCUUUUUUUGUUGAACAGAAUCCGCAAGAUCGAAAUAAGUGGAUAAAAGAUCAGAUUUUGAAAUAUUUUCCCCUUUUCUUGGCGUGCGUCUUUUCCUGUGAUUCCCUCAUUACGCGCAAGAAGCCGCUUUUUUUCCAUCCACGGAGGCAAUGCGCCCACCCAUGCGAUGCUAGCCUAUUAGCUGGAGAGAGGGAGAGAGAAAGAGAGAGAGGAAGAGAGAGAGGUUUCAGCCCUGGAUUCGAGAGGAGGCUAAUUUACGAGUCUUGUUUUGCCUUUCAGGAAAAGGGGGAGAUCAGAGGGGGAGGGUGGCUGGUGAAGGAGAAUGCAGCAAUCACAUUUUUAAGCAUGCACAAGCGGGCCGUUCCCGGUUCCUAGGCUGGUGUGUGUCCCCCCCAUCCGACGCCAGCAACCGUAUGGGGAAAGCAGCGGCAGACACAGAUGGCAUGGACACUUCCACAAGGUCUGCCGCUCUGCCCUGCCCGCUCUGCCGCCGGAGCCCGUUCGCCGCCGUCUCUCUCUUCCAGCUCGCUCCGCCGCCCAGCAGCACUGCAGCACAGCACAGGCUGACGGCAUGAGGCUUGAUCCAGUGCAUUUCUCCAUGCUGGUCAUCGGGGUCUCCUUCGCCUGUUACGCCCCGAGUCUCAACUCCCUCCAGGACCAGGCGUACCGAUCUGCCGUGGUCAUCGAGGGCGAGGUGCGCUCCUCCCCGGAGAACGUCUCCUCCCGGGAGCCCUACAGUGUGAAUGUCAAAGUGCUGGAUGUGUGGCCCGUCAACAGCGGCGGCCUCGAGAGGGAGCAGCUCGUGACCGUCGGGGACUUCGGCUCCGAGGCCCCGUGCACCACCGUGGAGAAGGACCACAGAUAUAUCUUUUUCAUGGACCCCACCGCCGAGCCUUUGGUAUUCAAGGCAUCGUACGCCCCUGUGGACGCCAGCGAGCCGGAGCUGAAGAAGGAUGUGGAGAGAGUGCUGUGCGAGGACUGCGCCUCCGCUCCGAAGCUGCGGCUGAUGCGAGGCCAGUCUCUGAUGGAAGGGGACAAGCUGUACUUGAAGUGCGAGGCGUCUGGGAAUCCCAGCCCUUCCUUCCGCUGGUACAAAGAUGGACACGAGCUUCAGCAGAAAGGAAGAGACCUCAAAAUUAAAACCAACAAAAAAAACUCAAAGGUGCAGAUCAGUCGUGUCCGUGUGGAAGAUUCUGGCAACUACACUUGCGUGGCUGAAAACUGUCUAGGACAAGAAAACGUCACGAGUAUAAUCAGCGUGCAGAUCUUGACCACCACAACCCCGUCUCCGGGUGUAAGUCAUGCGAGACGCUGCAAUGACUCGGAGAAGUCCUACUGCGUCAACGGAGGAGACUGUUACUUCAUACAUGGUAUUAACCAGCUGUCCUGCAAGUGUCCCAAUGACUAUACGGGGGACCGCUGUCAAAACUCCGUCAUGGCCACUUUCUACAAAAUGAGGUCUAGUAAAUAUAGCAAGGCUGAGGAGCUCUACCAGAGGCGGGUGCUGACGAUCACAGGCAUCUGUGUGGCGUUGUUAGUGGUUGGCAUCGUUUGUGUGGUGGCCUACUGCAAAACCAAGAAGCAGAGGAAGAAGAUGCAGACACACCUACACCAAAACCAGAAUCAGUGUGUGGAGCAGCCAAACCGCAUGUUGGCCAAUGGGCCAAACCACCCCGGGCCCGGUCCAGAGGAGAUCCCCAUGGUUGAUUACAUCUCUAAGAGCGUCCCUACGACAGAGUGUGUGAUCAGCCACGGAGCUGAAGGUGCAGGCAACUAUGCAGGCAGUCGAAUGUCGACCCGCUCCCACCACUCUACCACUGCCUCACAUGCUUCCAGACACGAGGAGCAGACGUGGAGCAUGGAGCGAACUGAGAGCAUGAACUCAGACUGCCAGUCAGGUGGGCUCUCCAGCUCUGUGGGAACCAGUAAGUGCAGCAGCCCGGCGUGCAUGGCGAGGAGGGCCGCCCACUGGGGUUGUGCGGACGUAUCCGGACCGGGGAUGCAGUACGGGGACUCCUACGACUCUCUGAGAGACUCACCUCACAGCGACAGGUAUGUGUCUGCGCUGACCACGCCGGCCCGCCUGUCUCCAGUGGAGUUCCACUACCCCCCGCUGCCACCCCAGGUACCCACCUUCCAGAUCACCUCGCCCAACACAAGCCACGCUCUCUCCCUGCCCCCUGCUGCUGCUGCAUACCACAGAGAUGAUGACCAGCCGCUGCUACGAUGCCCUGAUGAUGGAAGUUUAUACCGGCAGCCUCGACGUCCUCGGCGACCCUACCUGACGGAGAGCACAGGAAGUCUACCGUCCAGCCCCUACCACCUCCCUGACGAAGAGGCCUACGAGACGACGCAGGAGUACGCCUCUUCCCGGGAACCCAUCCGGAGCCGGCGCCGCCCGCGACGCAACCGCCUCAACGGACACGUGUCCCAGCGCUCGACGGGCCUCCGGGACUACAGCUCACAGAGCUUCAGCCAGUCAGAGGAGGAGGAAGAGGAGGAGGAGGAAGAGGACGCUCACGGGGAGAGCACGCCUUUCCUUAGUAUGCAGAACAUGAACAUGGACCCGCCGCUGUCCGUCCCGGGUUUCCGUUCGUCAUCCGGCGCCGACACACGGACUCACCGCGGGCUGAGUCGGCCGGGGACGCGCAGCAACGGGCAGAGUCGCGGCUCGCAGUCGCAGCGCUCGAAGGCCGACAACAUGCCCCUUUAAGACUGAACCGACGCCCACCCAUACACCCCCGACACUCCCACCCUCCACCUCACACACUCCCCUUCCUCCUACACACAACCAGUGGACUAGAGACCGCACCUAGGAGAAAUAUUUUUAUUUUGUAUAACAGACAGAUAUUCUAAACAAAUGAAAUAUUUAUUUUCAUUUCAGCAAAAAUUGUCUACUAGCUAACAGCAAAGACUUUUUUUAUAAUGGGGGGAUAUUUAUAUGUAAAGUUUUUUGAUUUACAGCAUUAUGAGAGAUGAAAAAAUAAGAGAAAUUACGUGCCAAUUUUUUCACAAGUUAGAUAAAUAGAAUAAUAUUGUGGUGCCUUUUGCUGUAUGCUGAAGUCGGAGGUCCCAUUGAGUUUUUGUAGCCUUUCUUAUAAAGACUCCUCGUUUUUAUAGAGACCAACCCUCUUCCUUCCUUUUGCUUUGUUUCUUUUCUCUGAUUUGGGAUCUUCCUCUUUUUGAACUGUGAUCUGAUUAUGUCAUCAUGCAAUAUUGAUUCCUCCUGUGUAAAAGGUGUCUGUUUACAUGAGUAUGAUCCACGCGAUGCGCUCGUUCCACAGGGACAUUUAGUCAACCGGAUGUGUAGGGUAGUUUUCUCGGACGAACACACGUCGGCCAUUUAUGUCCUCGUUCGCUGCCUGUCAGUCAUUUUGUUGUUAUUUCUGUGAAAAUAUGAGUGUUAGAGGGAGCUGUUGAGGGAAAGUGACUCCAGAUUCCUGUGCAGGUGUUCAGGGUGCUGCCAUGACAUACAGGUGGUGGUUGCAGUGUGUGUGUGUGUGUGUUUUUGUGUUUGUGUGUGUGCCUGUAUAGAGUCCUCAUGAAGCCUCAUUCGGUUUCGCGCCUCUGUUCACCUUGGAGGUCUCUCGUUUGACUGACAUGCUCCUCUCACCAAUCCUCACGCUGCCAGAAGCUCCAUUGCACUGUAAGAACCUCCCUCCGUGAGCAGUCAUUGGCCAGGGAGCUGCCGAUCCAAACCGAAACCUAAACCAAUCCAGUUGUAAUCCAGCCUGACUCUGGCCUCCCGUGGACUGCCCAGCCCGCCCGUUUCCUAUGCCAGCAGCUUAGAGCCGCACUGUGUCUCAGGACUUCCCCAUCACAUCACAGCCGAAAGACUCAAAGCAGAGAGAGCUCGUCAUCUCAGUCACAGUUCAGUCCGCAGGCCAGAUCCACGUCCCCUCGCCCUCCUUCUUUCUCCAUCCAUCGGGUUUUUCUUGCGUUGACCUGUCGCCACGAUUAAAGGGGAGCGCUGGUGAAAACCUUUGGAACCAGAAGGGAGAUUUGGUUGCUUUAUCUUUAAUUUUCUUUUGUAACUUCUAAAGGUUGUGUGUGUGUUAGUGAGCAUGUGUGUGAUUCACGACGAAGAGACGGCGACCACAUGCUCUGAUGCAGGGGCGUACCUAGGAAAUCUGCCCCUACUCCCGCCCACCUCACCCCCGAGAGGAGGAUAUCGCUCUGGGUUCCCCCCUUUUUGUUUUUCUUUUGUUUUUUUUAUACAAAUAUAAUCCUGCUGGAAACUCUCCUCCCACAGGCUAGAAAACCGUUACCACGUCUCACCACACUAGCGAUGGCGCUGCUCUGAUGGGGAAACAAACAAUGCAGGUCGCUGCGUGCGGGUUCACACUGCUAGAGAGUUUUCAUUUAAGCUCACAGCCAAACGGUGGCAUAUGAUAAUCCUGAUUACUGCAUCCUUGAUUUGCAUUCCUAUACCUUUUAUUGAUUGAACUUCUUUUUUGCUGAAUGAUCUGUUACGUGUCUGUCUCUUUCCACCUCACCUUCAUGUCUUCCUUCACCCUCCUACUGACCUUCAGAAGCAACUAGCGGAUGAAUUUAAGCCCCACAUCUCCAAGACAAGUGUACCGAACAGCACACUUACCAGUAGGCCGAUCAUGUCCAGAAACUUCUUCCACUUCAGAUAAACACUAGAAACCCUUUAGAGACCCCACUUCAAGCUCAACUGUGUUAGAUACGAAUAUGUGUCCCUGUAAGAGUUGAUUUAGUUGUUCUUUUUCUGUUGGUUUUUCACACAGGCGAUGCAUGGAUCACAGAUAUAGAAAGUAUCUUAAAAAUGACAACAAACCCCCCUCAGAUUUCGGGGAAUCAUACUAGAAAUGUAUAAAAAUAUAAUUUGGGUUCAUGGCCCUGAGGUCUGGCUAGUUUUGUCUUUACUAUCACUGUAAUCAAUCUGGGAUUUGCAAUGUGGAAAUACUGCAAGUGAGGAUAGCGUGCUUCUAGAGCUAGUUGAAUUGUUAACAAACCCACCCUCGACCUCCUCACCCUGCACACAAACACACACACAGACAGAACACACUUACACGGACACACAAACCCUCACAGACACAACACACACAGCUCUUUCCAGGUUUGUUUGUCAAGCAGUUUGUCUUUUUUACCUCCCAACUCUCCUCCUUCUUCCCCCUUCUCUCUUUCUCUUUCCCCCCUCUCUCUCCAUCCUCCCCCAAACCUCCCCUCCUCUCUCACUCCGCUCAAAAAAAAUAAAAAAUCCCCCCCCCUGCAUGUCCUAGUGGUACUGGUAGUUGGGUGCAUGGAAAAAGCAGCAAGCAAAUCGUUUUUCCACUCGGUGAAAUAAAAAAUAAAAAUGUGUCUUCAUUUUAACAUUCAGCAAUAAAUCCCCCUUUCUCUUCAUGUCCAUCAUUCUUGGAAUAUGCUAGAAGAUUUUUUGCAAGUUUUAUCAAAAACAUACUACUUGUAAAAGAAGAAAAACUCCAAAAACCACCCCUUCAUAUGAAAAAUAAAACUUUAUUCCUACCA